AUGUCUCUUCCACCUUCAUUCCAUUACUUCUUUUUCUUCUAUGUCAUCUGCCUCCUGUUUUGUGUUUGUCCCAUUCCAACUCAUGCGACAGUUCUGGUAGCACCCAUUUCCAAAGACAAGUCGUCCAAUCUCUUCACCCUCUCCGUCUUCCUCAAAACCCCAAUUCGCCCCACAAAACUCUUCCUGGACCUCGGUUUCUUGUUCCCAUGGACGGUCUGCGACGCAGGUUAUAACUCUUCCUCCUUCCACGAAAUCACGUGCGACCCCACUUUCUGCGCCUCCCUGGGAUUCGGAGCACUAUCCUGCGACAACUGCAGCGACUUCGGUCCUCCAGAUCCCAAUUGCGUACCCGCCAACUUGGUUUGCGGUUGCUUCCCGGAAAACCCAGUCAUCAGAACGGCAGGUUCGGACGCCGUUCUGGUGGACACGCUCGCUUUACCCAGCACAGAGGGCCCACUGGUUCUUCUCCCCAACUACACCUUCGGUUGCGCACGCUCCACUUUACUCAAAGGCCUUCCCAAAAACGUAACGGGAUUAGCCGCAUUGGGCCGGUCCAAUGUAUCUUUCCCGGCCCAAAUCAGCGCUUCUCUCUCCUCUCCGCGCUGCUUUGCGCUUUGCUUUCCGAGCUCUUCCAAGGCUCCAGGGGUGGCCUUCUUCGGCUCCACUGGACCCUACAAUGUUUCUUCUUUUUCUUCUUCCGAAAUUGACCUCUCUAAGUCCCUUAUUUACACUCCCCUAAUCGUCAACCCCGUUGGCGUUGGGGACACCAUUAUAAACUACGGCGGAAAUCCCCCUUCAAAUCAGCAUUUCAUUGGCUUGACUUCCAUUCAAGUCAACGGCAAGCAUGUUCCAAUAAACGCAACUCUAUUGAGCAUAGAUAAGGACAACGGUUUCGGUGGGACCAAGAUCAGCACCGCUACUCCCUACACUCUCUUGGAGUCUUCCGUUCAGAAAGCCUUCACGGAGUUGUUCGUGAAGGAAGCUGCCUCCUCUGCCUUCAACCUGACGAUAACGUCCCCCGUUAAGCCAUUCAACGUGUGCUACCCUGCGGGAGAUCUCACGGUAAACCCUGCUGGUCCCGUGGUGCCGACCGUUGAUCUCGUGCUGAAUGGUCUGAAAGAUGAUGUGAUUUGGAGAAUAUUGGGAGCGAAUUCGAUGGUUAGGGUUACGAAUAAAAAGAAGGGGGUGGAUUUGUGGUGCUUGGGUUUUGUGGACGGUGGGGUGAAUAAGAAAACGCCGAUCGUGAUCGGAGGGAAGCAGCUGGAAGAUAAUCUUCUUCAGUUUGACCUUGAAACCAACAGAUUGGGAUUCACCUCGUCGCUCUUGUCUCGUUCCCUCUCAUGCGCUGAUUUUAACGUCACUGAUUCUACUCAUAAAUCGUAA